AUGGGCAUUAACACAUUUUUAGUGAAGGUGAUUGAAAAUGCAGUGGUGCAUGCAGAAGAACCAUGGCAUGACCAUUGGGUACCAUUUACAAACUUUGACCUAAUUGUGCCACCUUGUGAUACAGGUUCAAUCUUCUUCUACAAGAAACCCUCUGACUACAUGAAUUUCACGACGAUAAUAGACUCCCUCAAAGCCUCACUAUCUCGGGUUCUUUCGAUCUUCCCGCCCCUUGCUGGCAGGAUAGAAUGGAAUGCAGAUGCAGGAGAGAAUCAGUUUCACUGCAACAAUCAAGGUGUCGAUUUUGUUGUAGCUGUUGCUGACGUGCAACUCAAGGAACUCAACUUUUACAAUCUAGAUGAAUGUGUUGAGGGAAAACUAAUGCCCAGGAACAAACGUCAUAUAAUUUCCAUCCAGGUUACAAGGCUAAGCUGUGGUGGAAUAGUAAUAAGUUUUUUAAACAAUCAUCGGUUAGUUGACGGGUACUCUGCAAACAUGUUCAUGUCAGCAUGGGCGGACAUAACUCGAUACAAUUUUACAUUUAUACGUCCUUCGUUUGAGAGGUCUUACCUAAAACCAAGGUCCCCAACCAAUUAUUCGCCUUUAAUUAAGGAUAUGUUUACCGUGUUACAACCACCAUCUAACCCGACUGAGGACAUAAGUCAUGAUGAUGACUAUUUACUCGUUAAUCGCAUGUACUACAUUAAAGGUGAACAACUUGCAAAGCUACAAAUGUUGGCAAGUGAAAAUGGGUGCAAGAGGUCAAAGGUAGUUUCAUUUACUUCUUUCUUGUGGAAGCAAGUUGCAUUGAGCAUGGAAGAUUCUGGAAAAGGUAGUGAUGAAGUGUGUAACGUGGAAGUUCCUGUUGAUGGAAGGAGAAGGUUAAGCAACAAAGGUGAUGUUCAGAAAGGAAAACUAAUGGAUUCGCACUUUGGCAAUUUAAUAUCGUUGCCGUUUGGGUCAAAAAAACCACAGGAGUUAAAGGGGAUGUCAUUGAGCAAUGUAGCAACAGAGGUUCACAAGUUCUUGCAGAUUGCUACUACAAAAGAGCAUUUCUUGGAUAUAAUAGAUUUUGUGGAAGAACAACGGCCACAACCACUAAUAUCAAAAGCAUUUGUCGGCCAAGGGAUGGCAUUCUCAGUGUCAGCAGGACAAAGGUUUGAGGCCAUGAACGGGAUAGAUUUUGGGUGGGGUAAGGUGAAACUCGGGACAUGCCAUCUUCCGUCUAAUAGGAGUGAUAGUUUUGUGAUGAUAAUGUGCAGUCCAAUAAAGAACGAGGAUUGGGUUGUCUUCAUGCGUAUGCCAAAGAAGCACUUGAACUACAUUGAGACACAAGCUAGUCAUAUGCUUAAGCCCUUGAAUGCCGAGUACCUCAAUAUCUAA